ACCUUUAACGGGAGAACAUCGCUGGUGCGUCGCUCUGGCUUUCAUCACUGUGCACGCGUCUGACAUCUCCUUACCUCAACCCGCCACCAAAUUUCUAAAACCUAGUUGACGAUAACGCAUAAAGAAAAAAAAUCCAAGUAAUCCAUACUGAUCAUACUACACUGAUGGAUAUAAACACUGUAUCCUAAGGGAAGAGUAAAAAGGAGAAAUAGAUAUUUAUAUAUACAGUAUAUAUCUAGCGUGGUGGAGGCGAGUGCUUUAUCCCCCCCUCCCACCCCCUCUGUGAGCGCUCGCGGGAGAAAGACACUCGUGGUGCUGUCUACCCAGGAACCUGCCACCACCACCACCAGAUCGUGAGGAGACUGAGGCACUACACAGCCACCAUCAACAGUUGAGGACUCGUCCGUCACGUCGUCACAGGUGUUGGUGGCGAGGCGGGAGUGUGACAGUGUUGAGUAAGUCUCCCUACAGCAGCAUCAUGAGGGCGAGGACCGACACACGCCAGGACAGCGGCCGUGGCUGCCCUCACACCACUUAGUUUUCGCCGCCUCCAUCAUACGUCGCCCCCCGAGCCAGCAAGUGCAGCAGCAGGAGCCAGUCUGAGUGGCCACCCUGAGUGUGUACUUGCCUUAGCCCCAUCAUUCAGAAGACAACUUUGGAGCGUGGUGCCUACUAAGCACGUCUCCUCCAGUGUUGACGCCCCGACAAACAAUGGUAGACAACCCAAUGUACACCCGUAAGGAUGAUCUCAUGGUACGUGUUGGAGGCUGCCGACCUUCAGGAUCUGCGGCUGGAUCUGGAAAUUUCAUUGUUGGUGGUGCCACAAUGAGUUCAGGUUCAGAUGGCUCCACCAAAUACAUGCUUCGUGAUGCCACUCCCGUACACAGCAACCGCAUGAGUGUCAUGAGCAUGGGAAGGAGCCGUAAUGAAAGAGCACACCAUUCUGUAAGAACACCUACACCUGAAGCCUCCAGAUAUGAACCUAACUUCAUGUUAGGUCCCCCCUCUUCAGAAUACUCCAAAUAUGAUUCUUGCUACACAAUACGCCCAGCAUCUCCAAAAACCUCCAAGAAAUCUGAAUCUAGAUACAUGGUCCGCCCAAAACUUCGUCCAGACAAUAGAAGUUUCGACCCCAGAAUCAUGCUCCAGCCACCAACUCCAGAGAUGCCAAGAAGUUUCGAGACCAGAUAUACCAAUAGCCUCAGGAAGGAUGGCAAACAGCCGGAGGCUGGCACUCUAUACGACUCUUAUUGGCACAUUCCUCGAGCUUCACUCUGGUGCUCAAACAAAGGUUGUGUAUAUGAUACACAGCCCUGUACAGACUGCCAGUGGAAGCAGGACGAAUGUUCAUCAACAUGUUCAUCAGUCAAUCCCCCGCCCACCUUCACAGCACUAGACAACUACCGGCCAGUCAGACCACGCCCCAAGUGCCACCAGUGCAGCUGUGGGAUUAUCUUUGCCAUCACUACCAUUUUCUCUCUCCUUGUUCUCUUACUCAUAACAGGCUUCAUCAUCUACAUAGAAAUGGUUCUGAAACACCAAACAGCCAACGUAACAGACCGGAUGUAAACCAAGAGGCAUUUCUUUCAUCGCCAUGAUGGUAUUUGAGAAUAUGUAUGUACGUUUGGGAAAAAAAAAUUUUCUUGUACCAAAAAAUGUAGGUGUGAAGCCAACAUCGCUGAGAGCCUUAUGCCCUCUGGUUCUUAUACCAAAGACUUUCAAUCACUUUAAAUGAGUUCCUGAAUAUCUGACAAUAUCUUCAAAGUGAAGAUACACACACACAUACACAGUCACCCAAAUGUUACAUUGAGAAGGUUAAAGCCUUAAUAAGGGGAUACAGUAUCAUUAAAUCCCUCUUUUACCUGCAUGCUAAAGGUUUGGUUAGUUUAUCACCUGUUAUUAAAAAACAAUUCUAAGUAAUGCCUAGCCUGGAAAGAACACAGCUUUGUCCUUUUCAGUCAACAGUCUUCUAUGAUUGACUUAUCAUAGUAUCCACUUGUACGGAUAAUGACUAUGAAUAUACCUGUAGGUAUUCAAUCUUUCGUGUUUUUGUUAAUAUGAAAGAAUAGUUACAUAUGAGAUCAACUGGAAUUCAAAGGCUGGCCUGGGACAUAAACUUUCCCCUUUCUCAAUUCAAUCAAACGUUGAUGAGUUGACACAAAGAAUGGUUAAUUUAAACAUAUAGUAUUUAUGUCUUUCAAAUCUGACUUAUAUGUCCAUGGCACAUCACAGCUAUUUGCUUAGCAAUUUUAGUUUUUAUCCUCCACAAUGAGAUAGGACCUGUUAGACUAGGAGGAACAUCUUUCAUCAAAUUCUAGGAUAUAAUCUGUUCCACAUUAUUUAAUACAUAACUAAAGGUAGAGCUGGCAAAAAAAAUUCUCAAACAGCUGGGCACAACAGAUUUCAGAAUGAGCAGUAUGGCUCUUGUUAUUUCAGAACAGUUGGUAUGCCUGGUUGUGAAGUAACACUCAAUAUUUCAUCAUAACAUAUGUUGCUCGACUUUAUAUUUACAGGUGAAAAGAAGUAAUUUAAUUUGCAAUAAAACUUCCUCAGAGAGCAAUAUGCAGAUUUCUCAUUUGUUUGUCACAUUUAAGACACUUAGAGCAUUCAAGAACUUUUUUUGCUCAACUGUACAUACAGGUCAUUGUCAUUAAUAUCAGCAUAAGAAAAGUUGCCAAAGUGGACCUUAGAAUUUGGGCUGAUGAUUAUAGUCAACAUAACCAAAGGGAAGUUGCUUCUGACAGCUGAAGGUAUUGCAAAUUUAAUUUCAAACAGAAGAGACAAGCCAGUCCAAAACGCAGAAAACAUUACCAAUGCCAUUUCAAGAUCAGAUUAUUAAUAAAAACCUCCAAAGCACUUACAUAUUUUAUGGUCCAUCUUCUAUUAACAAGAUAAUCUGAAAUAAUACAGGUACAUACUGUAGCCUCACAAUUUAUGCACUGGUAAAUCAGUGAAACAUGUACCAUAACUACUGAUCACUUGGCUGAUGUUACAAGCUGUGUUAACGAUUUCACUUGUUAAAUACUGUACUGAUUUUUGUUUGGAUUUAUUCCAUAUUCACUAUGGUAUUCAAUGAUUUUGUACCAACAGAUGGCAUCUCCUUAAUAUGGGCCAUUACAAAGUCGGAAGUUGCUUUCAACUUUGUAUUAAUAGUCUUAGCUUAAUUUGUGGCAUUAUUCCACUAAUGGUGGACCAAGAUUUAUUGAUAUAUCUCUUAUACAGUAGAUCUAAUUUUGUAAAAUAAAUGAUUACCGUAUAUAAAGUAGCAUAAAGUAUUUAAAUAAAUUCCUCGCUUAUGCAUUACUCCCUCUACUUUAAAGGAUUGCAAAUCUUAUAAAAAUGCUAUCAGACACUUAUCCCUUUGUUUAUUGUAAGGUCCUCAGGGUAUUAGAUAAAAGUGCCAAACCUUUGUAAAUAGCAAACAAGUCACAUUAACUUUGACAGCAAUAAGUAAGGACAAUUUUAGUAAUUUUUUUCUUUCUGUGUAUUGUACUGUACGUGUAAUAUGACAUAUUAAUAUGAUAUACUCUGUCAAUUACACUCUUUACUGAAGUCUAAAUUCAAGCUACAACUUGAAGAUCUAAUGACGAACAUACACAGAACUGAAGAACAUGACUUGCUACCAUAAUGCAUUAUACAAAUUAUCCUUAGCUUGGUAGAGCUCAAGGGCUCAUAAAGUCCUUCUGAUUUCUUUUUUCAUGAAGGGUAAUGUAGUCUACCCUUCAUGUGAGUAAAAGUAAAUUUUGUGGCUCUGAGAGAGAGGGACUAAUUAUGUGAACUUGGGUUGUGGCCCAUAAUGCUGAUAUUGUCAGGUGGUUAUCUGUGAUUAUCAGUCAUACAAAUGGCUGUCAUUUACUGACUUUAUGUUAACUUGUUAUUGAUGUGUAAUUUAAGAGAGAUGCUGUUCCAUUUAUCGUUUUAGUGUGACUAAUAUCACCACAGAAGUAAAUUUUCAAUACUUAUGAUCAAGUCUUGAAAAUUUAACAUCUCUAUGAAGAACACCAACCAGAAUACAUGAGGGUUUAACUACAUUAGUAAUAAACAAAGAAAUUUAAACUCCCUCUUGUAAACCACUUGCAGAAAAUGUAACUAAACAAAUUUUACCGUGUAACAAAGAUGCAAGUAACUGUACCUGUAUUGUACACCAAAAAGUUAUCUGAUAAUCUACUGUUGAUAGUGCUUGUAAAUCAUUCUAAUGAAUCAGAAUAUAACUGAGGAAUGUCAUUAAAGCAUACUAUCAUAUCAAUUCAUGGGUCAACCUCUACUAUAAGUUACAUACCGUAUAAGCUCCCUUUGGGCACACUGACCAAAUAAUCUGUGAUUCCAAAUGGUUAGUAUUCUCUCUUUUUAAAUACCUGUACAUUUAUAUGUGUUGAUUACUUUAAAACCAGUGUAAUAAAUAUAUCUAAAAUAGUUUUAAGAUUUUGGCAUUCAAUCCAUUAGCUUUUUUAUACCAUAAUGAUAAAUGUGUGAAAAUGUAUUUUGAAUACAGUACAGUAUUUAGCUAGUGCUUUUGCAUUGAUUAUUGGCAUUCAUUCCACUUAAAGUUUCUGGUUAAUUGUUCUGGGAGAAAAUAUUAUUUCUUUAAAUAAAAUCCCAUCCCCCCUUAUACAGUACUGAUUUUUCAUAUGUGCAAUUCUGUUUUUAAAUAGGUACAAUACAGAGAAAUACUGUACAGUAUUCUAUUACUGUCAACAACAUGUAGAGUCUCCCAGUCUCAUUAACUAGAUUAUGUGAGAGCACUGAAUUGAUACUAUUCCUACCACAGUCUCACUCAAUUAGCACUUAUUAAUGCAUAAUGUUUAAAUUAUACAUCUGCGAAUUUGCUUUUCUGUGAAGAGCAUUUGUUACUUAAUGUACGACUGUAAAUAAAAUAUAAAAGAAUA